AUGGCCUCCACGGGGGUGAAUGUCCUCCGGUGGGGAGCUCUCGUCUUCGGCGUUUUCUACGGUUUCUCACACCAGCAAGCCAUCAGCUCGAGAGACAGGGUUGCCGAACUCAAGGCCGAAUACGAGCGGAAACAGAAGCUCAUUGAUGAGGCCAAGGCGAAGUUUGCAGAGAAGACUCAACCGAAGAGAGGCGAUGGCAUAAUAACGAACCCUGACGACCCCAAGUUCGACCUCGAAAAGUACCUUACCAAGGUUGCCCAGGAGAACCCAUAG